AUCUUCCUUUUUUCAUCUUUCAAUUUUCACCGCAUCCCCUCUUCCAAUUUUCUUCAUCCUUCAAAUCCCCCCCUUCAAUUUCACCGCCGAUUGCCAAUCACCGGCGACCGGGCCGUCCCCACCGCCACCCGCAUUCGCCUCCGCUGGCUUCCACGUAUCCCUGCCUUAGAAAGCCAUCACAGAAGCUCUGCCUCCGCCGGAAACUACGUCGUCUGCCUUCGCCGCUCUGCUGUGCUUCCGGAAACGACGUCGCAAAGCCUCCGCCGCUCCAAAUCCGUUGUGGCUAUACACCAUUGCUGGAGAAGGUCAACCCCGCCGCUAUCAAAUCCGCCGUCGAUCGGAGCCUGCCGCCGCGAGAGAAGGUUCGCUCCCGCCGCCGCCACUAAAGAAGCUCCGCCGCUACUGUCAAAUAUUCCUCUCCGCCGCUGAACAAUGGGUCAUUCUUGAUUUGUGAGAAAGAAAGGAAGAACUCAAGGAGAACAAAAAAACGAAGGAGGAAAAAAACAAUCAAAUCAGAGAUAGCAAAAAAGUGUAGGAUGUCUGAGCCUUUAGGUCCUGGAACUGGUCAAGUGAAGCACAAGGGAGGUUCGAGGUCUAUUCUUCAGUAUGCUGAAGAAGCGGCUAAAAGGAAAGGAGUGGAGCCGACUGAAUGUUUCUAUGAUGCUUAUCAGAUCCUUCAUAAGAACAAGGAUGGUACUUAUACAGACGAGAAGUCUAGACAGAUUGGAGAAAGAAUGGAUGAAUUAGUUGCUUCUCAGAGUCAGCCUGUGGAUGAUGAUUCUGAUCCACGAGAGAUCGAUAUGAACAAGGUGUACGUGGAGGCUGUUGGUGGACUCGACAAAAAGAAGAGAAUGUUUGGAGUUGGUGGACUUGCAGCCAGCUAUAGGAGUAGUGAGCAGUCGAGUGGUACAUCUCAGUUUCAGGGCCCUACUGUCGAUCCACAACGACUUGUGGAUGUGGAGUUGCAGUUGCAGGAUGCCUUAGCGGCGAUAGAACGUCAGAAAGAGGAGAUGAGGCUGAAAGAUGAGCAGACCAAGGCUCGAUUUGAGGCUCAGCAGCGUAUGUUCGAGCAGAUAUUGGCUAGGCUUCCACCUGGACCGACUCCACCCUCUGGACCAUCAUCUUGACUAUUAUGUUUGUGUUUUUAUAUAUGUUAGACCAGAUAUUGGCUAGGCUUCCACUUGGACUGACUCCACCAUCUGGACCAUCAUCUUGACUAUUAUGUUUGUGUUUUUGUAUUUUGAAUACUUGAAUAUUUCUAUUAUGUUUUUGAACAGUUGGAUAUUUUAUGUCAUGUUAUGAAUAUUUGAAUGCUA